AUGAUGAAAUUUGUCUUAACUGAUGGUCAUACGAGUUGUACUGCGGUAGAAACUGAACCUUUAAAAAGUAUCGGGUUUAAUACAGCACCUGGUUGUAAGAUAUUGAUAGAAGGUACAGUGGGUGUAGAGUCUAAUAUACUACUUCUUGAUAAUAAAAAUACUUGUUAUCUAGGCGGUCGUGUAGACAGAAUGUAUGAAACAUGGGAACUCAAACGGUCUUUAAAGUAUCAGAACCGUUCAAAUAUUCGUUCUGAAGGUGGACCACCUCCUUAUGUGCCUUUUGGUCAAAAAGUUACCUCACAAUUACCUAAUCCUAGAAAAGGUAUGUUCGAUUUCACUUGGUAG